AGGUUUUACGGCAUACGAGACCGAGCGCCAAAGGGGCUGUUGUGGGGGGUCAUAGCCCAGAAAGCACAAAAUCUGUCAUUGAAGAUGGACAAAUCAACUGAUAGCUCAACAGCUUCUCAGUCACACGGUUUUCAUACCUGUCAGAUGAAGGGUUCACGAAAAUGGAUAAUCCGAAGCUUCGGAGAGGGAAGGCCGGACGCUCGUGGAGGACUAAAACAGCUGAUAUCAUCCACGAAACACGAAAACUUCAUGCUAGACGAAGAGGCACUGGUGGUAAAGAAGAGAAUCAGAAUCAAUCAAGAUGGGAGUAGCGAUGGCACGGCUGCCAAAGCAAAACUACUCCUCCGUGAGCUGAAAACUGUGAAAGCAGAUCUUGCUUGUUUGCGAAAGAGCGCUAUUCGUCUCCAGCUAGAGAGAUUACUAGCAGAGAAAGCACGGUUGGCUCAUGAGAACUCAGUGUACGCAAGGGGAGAACGGUUCUUGAGGGAGAUUGUAGAAUACCACCAGCUCACUAUGCAGGACGUUGUGUACAUAGGACGAAGGAAGUGA